GAAAGUCAAAAUCGUAAUGAAGAGAAAGAAUAAAAAGUGAAUUGGGCCAGUUGAACAAAAAAAUGAAAAGGGCUUGUAGCAGAGGUAUUAACUAUUUAAGAAACCGGUACGGUGUUUGAUUUAUACAGAGCAAGCAACUUACGGGGCCUCCACGCCUUCUGCUUCUGCUCACGGACUUUGGAGUUUUGUCAUAUAAUCUUCACUGCUGUUAGGGAUUUUUCAAAGCUUUCUCCUUCUUAAUCCGUCGAAAUUGCUCUUUUUUCUCUCCCUCAUUGCAAAGAUAAAUGGCUUCGAAGAUUAUUGCUGGCAAACCGGAUGAUUCUGAGUAUGAAAUCAUUGAAGGUGAGUCUGAGAGCGCUUUAGCAGCCGGGACAAGCCCUUGGAUGAAUUCUUCUACGUUGAAGCUCCGGCAUCGAAUUGGAAGAGGUCCCUUCGGUGAUGUUUGGCUGGCUACUCAUCAUCAGUCAACUCAUGACUAUGAUGAGCAUCAUGAAGUCGCCAUCAAAAUGCUUCAUCCUAUCAAGGAGGAUCAAAAAAGGGUUGUGGUUGAUAAGUUUGAAGAUCUGUUCUCCAAGUGUCAAGGAUUAGAGAAUGUCUGUCUCCUCCGAGGAGUCUCUAGUAUCAGUGGAAAGUUAUGCAUCAUCAUGAAAUUCUACGAGGGCUCUCUUGGUGACAAGAUGGCUCGGCUUAAAGGAGGAAAGCUUUUACUGCCUGAUGUAUUGAGAUACGGGGUUGAUCUGGUUACAGGGAUCCUGGAGUUACACUCAAAAGGGUUUCUGAUUCUCAAUCUUAAGCCGUCUAACUUUCUUAUCAGUGAUAAUGACAAGGCCAUCCUUGGGGAUGUUGGGAUCCCUUAUCUCCUUCUUACUAUCCCUUUGCCAAGUUCUGAUAUGACUGUGAGACUUGGAACUCCAAACUAUAUGGCUCCAGAACAGUGGCAACCUGAAGUAAGAGGUCCCAUGUCCUUUGAGACUGAUUCUUGGGGAUUUGGAUGCAGCAUUGUAGAAAUGCUGACUGGUGUACACCCUUGGUCUGGGAGAUCUGCUGAUGAAAUAUAUGAUUUAGUGGUGAGAAAGCAAGAAAAGCUUAAAAUUCCCAGUGGCAUACCGCCUCCUCUGGAGAACCUACUUCGGGGUUGCUUUAUGUAUGAUCUUCGAAGCCGACCUUCAAUGACGGACAUCUUACACGUCUUCAAGAGCUUGCAGAACUCAGAGGAGGAAGAGAUCUGGAGAGGCAUUGAUAGUAGAGAAAUCAGGAAGAGCUCGGUUACUCUUGGUUAUACAGAAUGGUUUCUUUCAAAGGAUCAACUGCAAGUGGGCGACAGGGUGCGUUCAAGAAAGCCUGCCAAUUCAUGUAAGCAUGAGAACAUGGAUGUGCCAGAAGGAAUGAUGGUUGGUUUAGAAUGUGACACCACUGACCCAGAUGGAUUUGCGCUAGUUAAAGUCCAUGGUGUUCAUGAUCCAGUAAGGGUUCAUGUAUCUGUUCUUGAACGGGAAACCAACGGAUUAGCUUCUGGAGAUUGGGUGCGUCUGAAGAACGGAGGAAACAAGAGGCACUCUCCGGUUGGUGUUCUCCAUUCAAUUGACCGUGAGGGAAAAGUAGCUGUUGGGUUUAUUGGGUUGCCAACUCUCUGGAAAGGGACCUCAUCGCAGCUUCAGAUGGCUAAAGCAUACAGUGUGGGUCAAUUUGUGAAGCUCAAAGCCAAUGUUGUCAUCCCGAGAUUCAAAUGGAUGCGAAAAAAUAGAGGGAUAUGGGCAACUGGCAGGAUCUCUCAGGUUUUACCCAACGGUUGCCUCGAGGUGGACUUCCCUGGAGUGUUACCUUUUGGAGAGGAACACGGAAGCUGUCUUGCAGAUCCGGCUGAAGUAGAGAUUGUGAAUUUUAAUACAUGUCAAGGAGUUGUGAAAAAAUAUCAACAUCUGGAGGAUUUUCAUUGGGCUGUGAGACCUUUAUUGAUUGCUAUGGGUCUAUUGACAGCAAUGAAGUUAGGGUUCUUUGUUGGGAAGAAAAUAGGGAGGUCAAAGGAUGGGAAGCAACGUGAUGGCUCGAGUGGACAAGGUGAAUGUCAGAUUCGGGAUAGUCAGAAGUCUGGCAAAUCUAAAUGGCUUGUGUUUGCUUAGGUUUGUGUCCAACCUGGUUUGGUCUGGUCUAAAUAUCGCACUGUUCUAGUCCUGGAUACAUGGUUUCACAAAUAGUACGUGUACAUAAUAACAUUUUUUUCCUAUUUGAACGUAGCAAAAGACUUUCUUUUAUUAUAUUUGAUGGGACUAAGACUUGUUUUAAGACUUGUUUUAUGAAGUGUUCCUUGCAUA